AUGAAUUUCGCCCUCCCGGAGCCGAGUCGCGGAACAAGACUGUCCAGACGGAUUUUCGAGCAAGUGGCUGAAGGAAAGACCAAGGACGAAGCUGAACAACUCGUGUCAUGCGACCGCGGGACCUACCUGCACACCUGCGAUCGACGCGAUCGACUACGAUUCUCCCCGAGCGACGCCUUCUGCUGCGAUUCUGCCCAGGCCGACCUGCCGCCAUCAAGAUUUCCGCCUAGGUACCUCUCCUCCCCAGAGACCUACGACGGCAUGACAAGAGAAGGACUGAUAGGCGUGACAUGGCAUUGCAUUAUCAACGUCUUAGCGGGUUGCGCACAGCCGAACAACGUCUUUGGCGCAGGAUGA